AUGACGAUCAAGAGGAAUAAAGAAGAAACAACAACAAAAACAACAGAACUCUCAUACGAUGAUGAAUCAUCCUUGUCCAGUGAUGAAUCAUCGGAUGAUGAAGCAACAAGUGAAUUAUUGAAAAGAUACAUCUCAUCGGGACAACGCAUGUUGGAUGAGGCUUCAAAAGCUGUUUCCAAUAAUUUAUCAACAACGAUAGACAUAAAUUUAGAGCCAGUAUCUUCAUCAUCAAACGGUGGUUUAUUGACGUCAUUGCUUCAUGAAAUCAACACCACCAGUAAUGAAGAUAUAACGAGUCAUCAUGAACAAUCAUCAUCAACUCCACUUCCAGCCCUUCAUGAUGAUCAUCUUUCUUCGGAAGUAAAUUUAAAUAGUAAUAAUUAUAAUUUUACUGCUCCGUCAACAAUAGUAAACGAUAACACAACGAUUAAUGAUGCAUCAAUCAACGAUCAUCACGUGACGAGUGUUCAAACACCCUACUCUAAUUCUGUUGCAACUCCUUUACAUUUAACACCUAAUUUUCAAUCAACCACGGAUAAUAUAAGAAUGAUUGACGAAGAAGAUAUUGCCAGCAGCGUACAAUCGAGAUUAUACAUGUUAAAAAACGGCCUGCAACUCAAUUCCGAAUAUAGAGAAUUAAUUCAAACUGAGCUUGAGAAGAUUGAGCAAGCACAACGAAAUGUUGGAGAUUUGCAAAGAGAACUUAGAACAGAAUUUUUACAGCGCCAGAAAGGUCCUCCAAUGUCACUCUAUCCUACACGUAAAAAUUUAGCUCAAGCAACAGGAAAAAUUUCUAAGAAAUUAGCGUGUGAAUAUUUUGUGAAUUUAGCACAGAGUAAGCUGAAAGCAGCUGGAUCUAAUGCAAUUAUUGAGGACAAGUUCAACACUACUCUGGUAAAAUCAGCAGCAUUAGCCUCUAAGAAUAGUAUCGAUAAACCUAAGAAACCAAAGAAAAGCCAGAAAAAGAAAAAAAGAAAUACUGAGGAUGAAGAAUAUAUCAGUGAGUCUGAAUUUCAAUAUUCGGAUGAAGAAAAUGUGGAUAAUGAAAUGGAAAUAGACUCAUCAAUACCACAGGAAAGAGACAGUAAUGUAACUAUAAUAGAGGGCCCAAAACCGAACGAAGAUGCAAUCAAAAGACACAGCCUAAUUGAUAAAACAGUUAUCGUUGACACUAGAAAGUGGACCACCAAUGAGAUUAAGAAUUUACGGUAUGCCGUUAGACUACAAUCCCAAGAAUUGAAAUGUGCAUUUAUUCUCGAAAAUUACAAAGGAAAUAACGCUCAAAUCAAGAAAGAAUUUGAGAAUAUAUCUAAAAUGCCAGGUGAAGAAUUGGAAAAUAUUGAAACCUCUAAAAUUGAUUGGGAAAAGGUGGCAAUGUAUCAUGUAAAAACUAGAAAGCCUGAGGAAUGCAGAAAAUAUUGGGAAAUUGAGCUAGCAAAGGAUAUCAAAAAAGAAAAUUGGACAAAAGAAGAGGAUUUAAAAUUACUUCGUGUUGCCGAGGAUUAUAAGGGACAUGAUUGGGAAAAAAUUGCAGAAAAGAUGUACGAGGGCCAGGAACUCACAAGAAGGCCGAUUCACUGUUUUAGAAGAUAUCAACGUAGUUUAAAUACAAACAUGAUGAGAAGCAAGUGGACUCCAGAAGAGGACGAAAAGUUAAUGCAAGCUGUCAAAUUAUUUGGAGAAAAGAAUUGGCAGCAAAUUGCAAAUCAACUCGACGAAAGAACAGGUCAACAAUGUCUACAUCGUUGGAUGAAAACUUUAAACCCAGCUAUCAAGAGAGGUAGAUGGACUACCGAGGAAGACAAACGAUUGUAUUUAGCUGUUCAUGCUUACCCACCAAACAAUUGGGUACUUGUAAAUAGACAUACUCCAGGAAGAACAGAUGUACAGUGCAGAGAAAGGUGGUGCAAUAUUUUGAACCCUGAUUUAAAGGUCGGUCCAUGGACAAAAGAAGAGGACGAAAGUUUAAAGAAGGCAAUCAAAGAGCUAGGUGCAGGUAAUUGGUCUAAAAUUGCAGAAGUCAUGUAUCCCAGAACAGACAACCAAUGCUGGAGAAGAUGGAGAUUAAUCAGUUCUGAAGAAGUACCAGAUUAUAGAAAAAAGAUUUUGAAACGAGAAAAGGCACUUGUGAAAAAUUUUGUCGGUCGAGAAAAAGAGAGACCAGACAUUACUGCUGAUGAUCUUGAAAUUCCUCAUCCAGAAGAAGAAAAUGAUAAUAUCGGUUACCACAUUAAGGAAUUUGUUAACAAAUCUAGGACACUCUUUUUUACUUCCAAUAGGAGUAACAACAUGUUGUCACAAUCCAUAUGCUUGGAGGCUUUAUCAACUCUUGAAAAAGCACUUACCAUUCCCAAGCUGAAGAAUAUUUUAGAAAUUGAGUGGCAACGAAUGGAACAAAUUCGAUAUCUUGUUGAAAAAACACCCUUCUUUAUUGGAGUGCCACCUUCGAAUUUUGUGAAGAGAAUAUUUUCUCUCUUGUAUGCAUUUCGACUUCCAGCUGAAAUGAGAAGCCAUUCACAACACGAUACAACAACCUUAAUUCCAUCCAACCUUGAAACUCCUCAACAACGAAUUUCACACUUCAAGAAAUUCAUUCCCAGCGCGCAAGCUAAUUCUCCAAUAUUUACCACACCGUGUAUCAUGCCAACCAAUCUUAUUCCCUCUCUUCCAUGUAUUCCUGCAAGUGCUGUAUCUCUAAAUGCUUUGGCAACACUUCAUGAAAUUUUAAACAAGCAGAGCAAACCAACUCAAAAAACAACGACUGUGAAUAUUGAGGUGUUGAAUGAUAAUCGGAUGAAUUCAGAACCACACGAGAUGGCAACACCUUUAGACAGUGUGACAAUGCCAACCUUUGAAUCUCAAAUUAAGGACCCAACAUAUGAACCUCCAACACUCAUUCACAAUGACCCCAGCAUUCUCAAAUCGAAUGAAUUCAAAACUCUGACGAGUGUAUUUAAUUCUCUCUUCCAACGACCUUUACAACAAACUAUGGGAAGAAUUGCUGAGAGAUUACCUUUUCUAUUGAGACGGGUUCCAAAUAUUGACACCUUGAAUGACUAUGUGGAAGAAUGCCAAACGGUCUAUCAACACGAAUGCCAAAACUCUAAGGAUCCUGUUCUCAUUGAAGCGUCGCAAUGGCACACAGAUUCUUCCUUGAAUGAACCUCCAACAUUUCCCUCUCUAUUCUCGUUGUAUCAACAUUUACCCAAUGAUCAGUUUUUCGAGAAGGAACCUGCUGCAGCUCCUACGACACCAAUUGUUGUGACGAAACCUAAGGGAGUGCGUGGACGACCAAAGGGCUCAAAGAACAAGAAGACUCUUGACCGAGCAAGAGAAGAAGGAAAUUCUGAUUCUAUGACUGCUGGGGAUCCUUCUUCCUCCUUAGUGAAUACUCAGCUGUCAGAGGCUCCACAGCAAGCAAUCACUCAGAAAAGAGGAAGAGGAAGACCCAAAGGUUCCAAAAACAAGCCAAAAACAUUGGAACAGCUUACAGAGCAAAAGAAAAAGCAAUUGAACAAACCAGUCGUGCGAAAAGUUUCGAAAAAUUCAUCCGGAUCCUCGAAGAAACGAAAAACCACUCCUGCCUCCUCGGAGAAUAUCGUGAAUGUUGACGACGAAGAGGAGCAUGAAAAUUAA